AUGUCAUCAAAGCUGACCAUGAUAAUAAGAGAGAAGGAAAAUACUAGAAACCAGAGUUACCAACCCACCAGAUGCUUCAACUGUGGAAGACAAGAACAUAGAGCCCAUGAAUGCCCCGAGCCAAGAAGAAUGCCACCACAACCGUACACUGUUAAUCAUUCUAAAAAGGAUGAAUUGAGUAAGGAACCUACUGGGAGAAUUGUGAACCAGCCACGACAAACAAAACAAGUACAACUGAAACAACAAGAAGAGCGCACUCAAUCAACACAAUCAGCAGAAAUGAAGAUUAUGACAGAACCUGCAAAAGAGAAUGCUAAGAAUGCCAUGCCACGAGUUAAGUGCCAAAGAGGACUGUCAGUAGUAGACCAACAUCUGGCACAAGUAUUGAAACAACCUAUUAUCACUCCCAUGGAAGUUGACUAUGUGGAAGACCAGCCCCAACGAAUCUCAGCAGCUAGAUGUAAUGUAAAGAUAAGAAACAAACCAGUUAUAGCAGUAUUGAACUCUGGAGCUGCAAUUUCAGAACCAUCUAAUACUGUUGUCGUCACCAUGAACAGAAUACGGGAAAGAGCUUUAGGAAAGUUGAAGGACGUAGUACUACAACUAGGAAGAAUCACUGUACCUACAGACUUUCAGGUUAUAGAAUCUAUGGAAGAAAUGAUGUUAUUAGGAAUGAGUUGGUUUAAGAGGUUAUGUACGCGCCUAUAUUUCGAUGAACAAAAAUUGAUCAUUACUCAUGAAGGAGAAAGCAUAGAGCUACCUAUUCACCAAGAAAAAAAAGCUAAAAUAGAGAAACUGAAAGAGGAGGAGGAAGAGAAUUAUAAGAAAAAUGAUUAUUUUGACAUAUAUAAGGAAGAAGAGUUAGAUGAAGUAGAAAGUUACUUGACCGAUGAUCAAGAGAACUUAUAUACCAACCCAUGGAUUGACGAGUAUAGCCCAGCAGCAUAUUUGACAGUGAUUGAAGAAGCUCUGACAGCCGAAGAAACCGAAUGA